AAAAAGCAGCAAGCAGCUUCAAAUCUCUCCUUUUAUACUACUGCAAGAACCCACCUAGCCCCUCUACCCUAUUUCAGUUUAACGCUUCUCUCUCCCUCUGUCCCUCUCUGCUCUCUCUCUCUCUCUUGAUGGAGGAUCAAUGCAGCAAUCUUAGCUGGGCUUUCUGCCACCCAGGAGAACAGGGAAUGGAAGAGCUGAGGCGGUCUCUUCUGCUCACUACUCUGGAGCUGCAGAAAACAAUCCUAGCAGCCCAAGAGGAAAUUACCAAAAGAGAAGAAGAGAUCAUCCACCUAAGUGAUCUUCUCAACAGAACCAUCAAAGAGAGAGAGACAGCCCAAGCCAAAUGCCAAAAGCUGCUUCUUGACAAACUCAACAUGCUCCAACAACAAAAACUAAAGCAACCCAAUACUACCGCCACCGCCACCACCCCCACCAUUCCUCCUCUGUCCAUUAAUUCCGGUACUUCUAGCAGUGAGGACAACCUCAGAGACUCCAGCAAUGGGUUUUCGAGCUCCGACUCCGAAGGCAACACCGCAAACGCGUCUUCUGCACCGGCAACCGCUCGCAGGAAUGUCCACCAAGUAUUGCAGGCCGUGCCGCCAGUACCGCAGAAGCCGUUGCCGGAGAAGGGGAAGCUGUUGAAGGCAGUGAUGGAAGCCGGGCCGCUCCUUCAGACGCUCCUCCUGGCCGGACCGCUCCCGCGGUGGCAGCACCCCCCUCCCCAGCUUGAGUCUAUCGAGAUUCCGCCGGUGUCGAUUCCGUCGCCUAGGCUGCCUAACUGUCUCCCACUGGUACUGCAAGACCCAGCUGGGGUGGGCAUGACGUUCAAUGGCUGCAGCAGUAGUAGUCUGAGUAAGAAAAGGGCUCUGCAGAUGCCAUGUGAAGAAAGGUCCAAUUCUUCUUCCCCCGGCAAGUAUCAAAGGGUUGUUAACCAUUGACCAAUAAUUCUACACAGAAGCACUAUAGAUACCCAUAUAGUCCAACUACUCAUCAUCGUCAUUAUCGUCAUUUCCUGCAUAGUAUGCACGUCCGGCCACCCAUCCCUUUCAUACUGUUAACCAUGAAAACAAAGAAGCAGUGAGAAUGGAUUGAACUGGGUGGCUGUGGCUAUCAUGUGUAGCUUUUUAGAGUUAAUUUGUACAAUAGUGCUCAUGUCUUAGGUAUGAAAACUUCUAACUUCUCCAAUAUUGAGAGAAAGAGAGGGAGAGAGAGAGAGAGAGAGAGAGAGAGAGAAAUUUUCCAAGGGGUUUAACUUCUAUGUUGGAUGGAGUUAAUAAUCUUUCCUUGUUCCCACUGCAAGUGUUCAUUGUGAAAUGGGUUUCAAAUUUUCCAGACAA